AUUCCCCAGACGCCUGCGCAGUGUCUCCCCCUCACUGCCACUGUCGCCCUCACUCUGACUCCCUCUUAAUGCCUCUCCCUAUGCGCCCCACUCCCCCCUCCCCCUCACACCCCCCAGCCCCCUCUCUCCCCCCCUGUCCCCCCUCUCCCUCGGUCCCAGUCUCCCCAUGCCCCCCUUCUCUCCCCCUUUCUCCCCUCUCCCUCUCCCCGAGUGUGUACCACGAAAGACAGAGGCUGGAGCUGUGCGCCGCUCACGCCCUCAACAAUCUUCUGCAGCGAAGCGUCUUCGGCAAAGACAGUCUGGAUGAGCUGUGUUACAGACUGUCUCCCGACACCCUGUUCAACCCACACCGAAGUUUAUUAGGGACGGGGAACUAUGAUGCAAAUGUUUUAAUGGCUGCCUUACUUACCGAAGGACUUUCUGCAGUGUGGUGGGAUAAACGCAGAUCGCUGGGCUCUCUAUCGCUGUCGCAGAUUAGAGGCUUCAUCCUGAACAUUCCCAGUGCAGUGACACUGGGCCCCAUCUCCCUCCCUAUCCACCGCCCACACUGGAUAGCCAUUCGGCCCAUUGACGGUUCCUACUACAACCUUGACUCCAAACUACAAGCUCCUGCUGCUAUCGGCAAUGAGGGGCAGCUACGGACGUUCCUGAGCGGACAACUCUCCCAGGCCUCCUGCGAGCUGCUGCUGGUGGUGGAGAGAAACGUCGAGGAAGAUGGAAGCUGGCUCUCCCCCUCCUGAAUCCCCACUCUCUCCCCAUCUCUCUCCCCCAGCACCACACAGAGACGGAGAGAGAGAGAGAGAGAGAGAGAGGGAGGGA